AUGAACGUCCGUGUCCGCUGCAUCAACAUGCAUCCGGGACUAGAUGGACACAAGCCUGCAGCACACGUUGUCGGGGUACGGCACUUAGAACGCCUAGAACCGACAUACGUCUUGUUGUACAAUCUGCUUCGUUGGCAUGGAGUAGUUACCCGCGUUUCAUACGCCGUACACAACCUGCCACUUGUGCAUUAUGCAAGCGCGACGCUGAACUGCAGUGCUGCAUGUGUGGCGAGUACUCACAAGACCAACUACUGCUAA